GCUCCACCACUCUCGGCAUGCACAAAAGACAAAAAUCAUGGCGGUUUAUGCACUCUCGUUUUGCCCAUGUAGAGAGUAGUCGAGCGAGGUCCUAAGAAACGAGAAAACGGGGAACAAUAAAACUGGCUGUCUACUGCUAACGUAUCGUGGUGUUUGGUGUAUAUCGCUUGUUCUUGCCCCGCCCUCUUGUGAUGUCUUCCUGAUCGCCUCGAAGCUGUCCUGUUUUUUUGUUUCUUCAUCGCCACCACUCGUCUCCUCCCCUGCAUUCUCCUUGCCGCUUCGUGAUCUUCUCCUUCCUACCUACUUGCAUUGUCGACCGCGGUCUGAAUUAGCAGUUUUCGUUCUGCCCCCUGGCAGUCUGUCUCUUCGAGCGUGGUCUGAGUUAGCAGGCCUUGUUUGCUCCCUCCCGGCGGGCCAUCUUGAACGCGUUGCUCGCUCCAGCUUUCCAUCAUGAGGCAACAACGGCUGCGGCCGGUUCUUCUGCUCAUAGGCUUGCUUUCGUUCCUCGUACCCCAUGGCCCUGGCUAUGGCGGCGGCGCCAGGGCGCCAUUCGCUGGAAUUGUGCCUAGCGCAGCGGCGGCGGCACCGACCACACCAGAAGCUCGUCUGCGAGCUGCUGUGACUAAGCGCGGCACGACGGUCUUACGACUGACAUCUGACCUGCGCUUGACUUCUGAUUUGCCUGCAGUGACGUGCCCUAGUCUAACUGUCACGGGCAACUGCAGGACGGUGAAGGGACGAUCUCGCAGAUGCAAGAUCGACGGUAAUGAGCGAUUUGCCGGCUUCCUCGCAAUGAGCGUAAAUCUAACGCUGAGUAACCUUGAGGUUACCGGCUUUGCCUCCAAGAACGGGAAGGACAACACAUUCGUCCGCAGCGUCAGCGGCGCAAUAACGAUCCGCAACUGUCUCUUCACGAAGAACAGCGGAGGUGUUAUCGAUGUGACCGGUGGCGACGGACUGAAGGUCGAGGGCUCGAGCUUCGUCAGAAACGAAGGCGGCGUAAUCAAGGUGGCAUACAGCACGAUGGAGGCGAACGACGUUCUCUUUCAGGCUAAUACAGGCGGUACAGCUAUUGGAUUAAUUAGACCAGGGCUGAUAUGCCGGAGAUGUGUGUUCGAGAACAACACUGCGAAGACACAGGCAGCGGCUGUGGCAGUAGUAUCGGCCGGGGGCAUAAGAUUUUCGCGCUGUCGGUUUAUCGGCAAUACCGUGACGGAAGUGGGAGGACGUGGAGGGGCAGUGGCUGUUCAAUACUCCUAUGGGCAAUUCUGCCACUGUCAGUUUGAAAGGAACACCAUCAAGGUUGCGGGAGGGAAAACGAGAAUCGAACACGUGUACAUAAAUGGGUUAGUGGAAUUCUGUGGGAAGGUCCCCUCGACUGGCAUGAAUGGCGACGCUGGAGACCCGCAGGUGAAUUGCAGAAACUGCCCUUCAGCUUGAUCAGAAGACUGAUCAGUUCCGAUCAUAUCAGCGCUUGAAGUAGACUCUGAGGCACCGAGGUAACCUUGCUCACACUUCCUCGUACCGUUGUCGAGUGUUUGUGCGGCUAUCAAUUCUGCGAGAAGGUCCCCUCGACUGGCGUGAAUGUCGACUCUAGGGCUGCGGAGGUGCCUUGCAGUAGUUGCCCUUCGGCUUGAUGGGAGGCCGGUCAGUUCCGAUACCUGCGAUUGGAGUAGAAGUUACCUUGCUCGCACUUCGUCAUACUGGUGUCGCGUGUUUCCGGGGCUAUGAAUCGCCGCUGCUCUUCCUCCCGCCCUCUCCUUCUGCCUCUCUCGUGUGUAGCUGUCCGCAAGUGCGACACCGCCUUGGAAGGACAGAGAGAGUGUAAGGUACCGAGUGACUAGUGAUG